CGUAUUUCAGAUAUGAAGAGCAUGAGGCGCAGAGAGGAUGGGGCACACAGUCCUGCAACUUCGUAGCCAAGAGCAGACUCAAGUUUGCCCCACUCCCAAACCAGGUUCUUGACCCCAUUUUGCUGAUGCGGAUGCAGAGGGCGGGGAUGGCCCGUCCUUAGCAGAGACCAACCUUGACCCUAAACCUGCCAUGAUGGGGCGUCGGGCCUACCCUUCCCCUCGUUCUGCCCCUCUACGCCUGCCUACCCGGGAACUCCCCGGCCCAGCCGCCUGCAGCCUCUGGGUGGGGAGCGGUGCGACCCGCCCGCGUCAUCUGAUGCUGUUUCCUGCAGGAGGGAGAAGAGCGGAAAAAAGUGAAACUCCACCCUCCACCUCUGCCUCCCGCCCCCGGGGCCAAAGUACAAAGGGAGGAGGAAGAAGGGAACUGGGUUGGAGCCGUUGGGCUGCGGGAGCCGGCCGGGAAGAGGCAGCUCAGCCCAACUAGGAACACUCCAGCCACCCCCUGCGCAAAAAGACCCAAGCGGAGUCCAGGCGCUGCCCCUCGCUGGCUGCAGCUUACAUUUGGUGGGUGCAGGAGACAGGCUCCCAGGACUGCUCCAGAACUGAGGGACGCCCGGGUCCCUCCGAGCCGGCCAUGGUGAGACGCCGGAGGCCCCCGGGUCCUACCCCGGGAGCCUGACUACACUGCCCUGGGUCGCUCUCCCCUAGAAGCGCGAGAUGCGGGGGGCCAGGAAGCGACACUCCUGGUUCCCCAGAGAGGCGUGGGUCUGGGGCUGAGGGCCAGGGCCCGGAUGCCCAGGUUCCGGGACUAGGGCCUUGGCAGCCAGCAGGGGUGGGGACCAGGGACACCCAGGGAAGGUCCCCCACACGCCCCAACGCCGGCUCCCAGCCAUGGAGCCCUUGAAGAACCUCUUCCUCAAGAGCCCGCUGGGGUCAUGGAACAGCAGUGGCAGUGGGGGUGGUGGGGGUGGCGGUGGAGGCUGGCCAGAGGGGUCCCCAAAGGCAGCGGCUUAUGCCAACCCUGUGUGGACAGCCCUGUUCGACUAUGAGCCGAGUGGGCAGGAUGAGCUGGCCCUGCGGAAAGGCGACCGUGUGGAGGUGCUAUCCCGGGAUGCAGCUAUCUCAGGCGAUGAGGGCUGGUGGGCGGGCCAGGUGGGCGGCCAGGUGGGCAUCUUUCCAUCCAACUAUGUGUCUCGGGGCGGCGGCCCGCCCCCCUGCGAGGUGGCCAGCUUCCAGGAGCUGCGCCUGGAGGAGGUGAUCGGCAUCGGUGGCUUCGGCAAGGUCUACCGCGGCAGCUGGCGAGGUGAGCUGGUGGCUGUGAAGGCAGCUCGUCAGGACCCCGAUGAGGACAUCAGUGUGACAGCUGAGAGUGUGCGCCAGGAGGCCCGGCUUUUUGCCAUGCUGGCACACCCCAACAUCAUCGCCCUCAAGGCCGUGUGCUUGGAGGAGCCCAACCUGUGCCUGGUGAUGGAGUACGCGGCCGGUGGGCCCCUCAGCCGUGCCCUGGCAGGGCGGCGUGUGCCCCCCCACGUGCUGGUCAACUGGGCUGUGCAAAUUGCCCGUGGGAUGCACUACCUGCACUGCGAGGCCCUGGUGCCUGUCAUCCACCGAGACCUCAAGUCCAACAACAUUCUGCUGCUACAGCCCAUUGAGGGUGACAACAUGGAGCACAAGACCCUGAAGAUCACGGACUUCGGCCUGGCCCGUGAGUGGCACAAAACCACACAAAUGAGUGCUGCGGGCACCUAUGCCUGGAUGGCUCCCGAGGUCAUCAAGGCCUCCACCUUCUCUAAGGGCAGCGAUGUCUGGAGCUUUGGGGUGCUGCUGUGGGAAUUGCUAACCGGGGAGGUGCCCUACCGUGGCAUCGACUGCCUUGCUGUGGCCUACGGAGUGGCGGUUAACAAGCUCACACUGCCCAUCCCAUCCACCUGCCCUGAGCCCUUCGCACAGCUCAUGGCCGACUGCUGGGCGCAGGACCUCCACCGCAGGCCCGACUUCGCUUCCAUCCUGCAGCAGUUGGAGGCGCUAGAGGCACAGGUCCUGCGGGAAAUGCCGCGGGACUCCUUCCAUUCCAUGCAGGAAGGCUGGAAGCGCGAGAUCCAAGGCCUCUUCGAUGAGCUGCGGGCCAAGGAAAAGGAACUACUGAGCCGCGAGGAGGAGCUGACCCGCGCGGCGCGUGAGCAGCGGUCACAGGCGGAGCAGCUGCGGCGGCGCGAGCACCUGCUGGCUCAGUGGGAGCUGGAGGUGUUCGAGCGCGAGCUGACACUGCUGCUGCAGCAGGUAGACCGCGAGCGGCCGCACGUGCGCCGCCGCCGCGGCACCUUCAAGCGCAGCAAGCUCCGCGCGCGCGACGGCGGCGAGCGUAUCAGCAUGCCCCUCGACUUCAAACACCGCAUCACCGUGCAAGCCUCCCCCGGCCUGGACAGGAGGAGAAACGUCUUCGAGGUCGGCGCUGGGGACUCACCCACCUUCCCCCGGUUCCGCGCCAUCCAGUUGGAGCCUGCAGAAUCAGGCCAGGCGUGGGGCCGCCAGUCUCCCCGACGUCUGGAGGACUCAAGCAAUGGAGAGCGGCGAGCAUGCUGGGCCUGGGGUCCCAGUUCCCCCAAGCCUGGGGAAGCCCAGAAUGGGAGGAGAAGGUCCCGCAUGGACGAAGCCACGUGGUACCUGGAUUCAGACGACUCAUCCCCCUUAGGAUCUCCUUCCACACCCCCAACCCUCAACGGUGAGUGGCCUGUCUCCCCGCAGCAGGCUCUUGCUGCACUCCUGUGGGUACUAUGGGGAGGCUACAAAAAGCCAGCAGGCAGGCAGACUGUUUCUAGAAUCCAGGUCCCCGCCGACCCGCCCCCCUCGCCGCUCAUCCGUUUCUCCCCCAAGACGCCCGACGCCCCCGCCUCCCCGCUGAGCCCCGACGCCCCCGGCCCGCCCACGCCCGCGCCCCUGCUGCUGGAGCUGGGUGUCCCCGCGGGCCAGCCGUCAGCCAAGAGCCCCCGGCGCGAGGAGAGGCGCGGAAGCACUGUCUUGCCCCCACCAGGGAUAUCACGCUCUGCUCCUGGCACCCCGGGCACCCCACGCUCACUGCCCCUGGGCCUCAUCAGCCGACCUCGGCCCUCACCCCUUCGCAGCCGCAUCGACCCAUGGAGCUUCGUGUCAGCCGGGCCACGGCCUUCGCCCCUGCCCUCGCCACAGCCUACGCCCCGCCGGGCACCCUGGACCUUGUUCCCAGACUCGGACCCCUUCUGGGACUCUCCGCCUGCCAACCCCUUCCGGGGGGGCCCUCAGGACUGCAGGGCACAGACCAAAGACAUGGGUGCCCAGGCCCCAUGGGCACCAGAGGCGGGGCCCUGAGUGGGCCGGGCUGCUCCCCCACGCUCCGGCUGCCCUGAAGGAGCCACAGCAUACACUGGAACAGGAGCCAGGCAAGCAUCCAUAGCGGCCUUGGUUUCCCCCAGGGACCCCGCCCCCUUUGGGGAUCAGGAACACUACACUGCACAGGAAGCCUUCACACUGGAUGGGGGGCCUGCACCCCCCACACACCUGCAACCUGUGGGUCCCCUGACUUACCUGCCCCACUGGGGCCUGACACUGUACCCAGCUGGUUGGGAGGACCAGAGCCUGUCUCAGGGAAUUGCCCCCAGGGGUGGUGCAGGGAGGAGGGGAGGUGCCGGGGAGAGGGGCCGCCUCAGCUGUCACCAGCACUUUUGACCAAGUCCUGCUACUGUGGCCCCUGCCCCAAGGCUCAGUGCCUGGACCCCCCCUGCCCUGGGGGUCAUCUGGGGCCGGGGCUCUCUGGGUGCCUUCCUGCUGCCCCGGCCAGGGUUGAGGCCUCGGCCUCGGGAUCCAAUGAAGCCAAAUAAACUCCCCAAGCUGUCUCCCCAA